AUGCGGGCCAACCAAGUCCCAGAGCAGAGCUUGGAGCGUCGAGGAGAGAAGCAAGAGACGAGCCAGCUUCCGUCGCACGCAUUCUGUACCGGCGCACGCUUCCCCGCAUCCAUCCACGUGCAUGACGUCGCCGGGGAAUCAAGUGACCUCCGCCACUCUCUUCGCACGGUCAUGACGCUCGCAGGCAUCAAAGUCGUCCUGUUCGACUUGAUGGGCACCUGCGUCGACUGGAAGUCCUCCAUCGUCGCCGCCCUCCACGACUGCCCGCACGCACUUGGCCUCCAUCCGAACGACUACGAGGUGCUUGCGACCGACUGGCGCGCCGGCUUCUUCGAACGCAUCCUAGCGCUCUCGGGCCAGCAAUCCCCUGACAUUGACGAAAUACACCGCGACGUCCUGAACGCGCUUCUCGCUGAUCGUGGCGUGUCAGAAGACGACUGGGACGCGGACGUCCGCGCGCGUCUCGUCGCUGCCUGGCACCAUCAGCUACCCUGGCCGGACAGCGCCAAUGGUCUGCGCAGGAUUUCUGCGAAGUAUCCGGCCGUCGUCUUGGCGAACGGUACGACCAAGCUGCAGCUCGACAUAGUUCGCUCUGCUGGCAUCCAUUUUGACGCGCUCUUCUCGUCGAAGCUACUUGGAUAUACCAAGCCUGAUCCACGGAUCUACGAGAAGGCGCUCGAGAUGCUGGAAUGCGCACCCACGGAAGCGGUCAUGGUUGCCGCUCACGCAUACGACUUGCGAGCCGCUAACAAGCUUGGCAUCCGCACGAUAUACGUGCGGCGUUCGACGGAAGACCCGACUGAGGACAUGGACGCUGUCCGCCAUGACGUUGACUUCUUUGUAGACGGCACGAUAGGCGACGGCCUGUGUGAAGUCGCAGCGCUAUUAGGCUGCUAA